UAACUUGUUUCAGGUGCCUUUGCUUUACCGCGGAAACAUGAAGUUAUUAACGUGGAAUGUUAAUGGGAUCCGAGCGAGCAAAAUACCAAUUCACCAAUUACUGGAAUCUUUACAGGCAGAUAUCAUUUGCUUUCAGGAAACUAAAAUCACCCUUUUCCCUUUUUUUCUUCCUCCCAGGUGAUAUGCUAGAUGAGAUGACAGCAAUAGUGGACGGCUACAAUGCAUUUUUCAGUUUCUCUCGUAAAAGAAGUGGUUACUCUGGUGUUGUGACCUACUGUAAAGACUACUGUCUCCCAGUUAAAGCUGAAGAAGGUUUAUCAGGGACCCUUAACAAGAAAGAGGCUGACGAUGUUGUUGGUUGCUAUGGUGAUCACAGUGAAUUUUCAAAAGAUGAGCUUGAUGCCCUUGAUGCUGAAGGCCGAACUGUGAUAACCCAACACGAGAUUAGGAAUCCUGAUGGCAGCUGCAGUCAAAUGGCUGUCAUUAAUGUCUACUGUCCAAGAUAUGAUUCUGAAAAUGAAGAACGCCAUGACUUCAAACUGAGGUUCUUUGCUCUUUUACAAACCCGAGCUGAGGCAUUAAUUGAAAGUGGCAGUCAUGUGAUCAUUCUGGGAGACCUUAAUACAACACAUCAGAACAUGGACCAUUGUGAACCAGAUUCAGAGGGUGGAUCCCAUUCAAUACCAAGUCGUUGUUGGCUGAAUCAAAUGUUGUGUCAUAAACAGCAAACUGAUGAACUCUCUGACAAAAGUAACCUGCAUGAUAAAAAUACCCAACCUGCCACUGUCACAGGAGGAUAUUUUGUCGACACGUUUCGCUAUCUCCACCCUGACCAGCAGGAGGCCUACACAAACUGGUGUACUCUAACAGGUGCCCGACAGACAAACUUUGGUAGACGUCUUGAUUAUAUUCUUUGCAAUGAACGCCUGAAUUCUGCUCUGAUCAGUUGUUGUAUUAUGGCCAAUGUGGAUGGUUCUGACCAUUGUCCGGUAAAAGCCAGUUUUGAUUUUUCAGUUGUUACUGCUCUGAAGGCCCCUAGUUAUUGUGCCAAAUUCAUGCCGGAAUUUGCUGGUAAACAACAGAAACUAUCCAUGUUUUUCACUAAAUCUUAUGGUAAACCCUCCACAGACAUGUCUGCCAACAACAAUAUCGUUCAGCAUUCAGCAAGCACAGAAGGGAAAGAUAAGCGGAAACAUUCUCCUCAUUCAUUGAAGCGGCAAUCGUCUGAAAGUUUAGGGUCACAGAAGAAAAAGGGCAAAUCUUGCUUUGAAAAUAAACCAAAACAAAUAAACUUAAUGGGGUUUUUCAACAAGAAACCAGCGUCAUGUCCUGGUCAGUUAGGACGGAAUUCUUCUUCAGACAGUAAAAAACCAUCAUCAGAUGACUCGGAUGUUAAUGAUUCCUCCGAAUCUCAGGAAAUUACAACAGCACCUUCCAUUUCAUCUCAUUUAGAAAGUUCUUCAAAAAAUGUUCAAGACUCUUCAUUGUUGGAAGCAGACAAAGAAGAACUAAUAGUUUCCAAAGUGAAGUCCACAACAGACCAAACUUCAAAUUCGCAGGUGUUAGCUUGGAAGAAUCUGUUGAAAGGGCCACCCCCAGCUCCCCUGUGUCCUGGGCACAGUGAGCCAUGUGUUCUGCGAACAGUGAAGAAACCUGGCCCUACACAAGGUAGACAGUUCUACACCUGUGCUCGACCUGACGGAGCUGCCAAUAACCAGGAAGCUCGAUGCAAUUUCUUUAAAUGGAUUAAAGAUUUAAAGAAGUAGAUUAAGUGGAUUAACGAUUUAAAGAAGUAGAUUGAUGGAAAAAAAAACCUGAAAUUUCUAUUUUUGUAGAAAACAAAUUACUGAUUUGGUUUGAAAAAUUCAAAGAAUUGGUAAUCUGGGAAUUAGGUUUAGUUCCCAGUUGAUCCAUUUUGCUUCACAUGUACCUUGUAAAUUGCAAUAAUUUCAGAGGUAGGCCAGCUAGGAAGAGUCAUUGUUGACUUGAUAUAUUACAUGGCAGCUCUAUGACUUGUAAGUUGAGGAUUCAUUGUGACUGACUCACUGUAACUACACUCAUUGUGAAUCUGAUAUUGUCACUCAGUUACUCACUCUGACUCAGUGACUCAUUGACUCAUUGUAACUCAAUGAUUCACUGUGACUCAGUGACUUAUUGUGACUCAAUGACUCAUUGUGACUCAAUGACUCACUGUGACUCAAUGACUCAUUGUGACUCAGUGACUUAUUGGGACUCAGUGACUUAUUGUGACUGAAUGACUUACUGUGACUGAAUGACCCACUGUGACUGAAUGACAUAUUACAAGACACUGACUCAUUUUGACUCGAGGACUCAUUGUGACUCAGUGAUUCAUUGUGAGUCUAUGUGACUUCAGAGUAAUUU